AUGUCAGUUAUCUCCAUCGAGGAUUCAAGUAAUAGCCAAAAUCUAUAUGAUAUCGCGCUAAUUUCAAGACGAAACUCGUCCAAUUCCAAGAUACAUCGAAUCGGAAGCAGCAGCAAUAUAGUGCAGCAGCACUCGUUCUCAAACCCAAAGAGAGUGGUGUCCGCAUCUUCAUUGUCGCCUCUAGAAGAAGAUUCAUGCAAGCUAAAGAGCAGUAAUGGGCCAUAUCAACAACACCCAGUCAUCAAUGCAAAGAGACCGGGCGACUACUACAUUCAAAAGAUUCAUUCAAAAUCCUCUCUUAACCUACCUAGAAACCCGCCUCCAUCAACUCCAAUCAGUUCGCUUUCAAUGCAUAAACCAAAACAACCUAGUUCACUGCAACUGCAGCAACAACAACAACUGCAGCAUCAAAAUCUCCCUCUCGAUUACAAAAAGAGAAUGUCUCAAGACUCAUUAACCUCUUUCCAAUCUUCAAUUUCAGACGACCACUCCCUGAUUUUAUCCUGCCAAUUUGAUACCCCCACUCCAAGCUCAUGUUCUCAAUUGACGCAAUUUUCCUCUACAUCGGGCGGUAAGCUGGUUGAAUCAAGAAUUUGCUCCAUGAGCUCGACUUCUUCCACUACCGUUAACACAAUAGCUGAAAUCGAACCAACAAAUCCAGCCAAGAAAAGACCUUCGCCUAGUUUAAAGUCUGCUUCAACAAUUAAUGUACUUAAUGACACAUUUAUACUACCAAAACCACCCACCAUCAAAAGCAAUAGAUCCAAAUCAAUGGCUGCCAUUCCUACAAUAGAUACCAAGUCGAAAUCAACAACCACGAUGCCAAUGUUGAACAGAAGCAAAUCAAAAUUCAUGAGUUUGCAAGAAAGUAAAGAGCGUCAAAUAUUGAGAAAGAAAAAGUACGAGGAAAAUGAUCUCGACGAUGAAAUACUAUCCAACGGCUUGGAUCAUCUCAUCUUUAACGUUCCCGUGGUCAAGAACCAAAAUAUGCUUUACUCGUUGAAAGGGAACAGUUCGGUUAAAUUAAAUGGCAAUGAAUCCUCGAGUCUGAAUAGCUCAGCCACGAUAUUAUCAAGAAGCGACUUGGUCAAUGAAGGAGACAAGUACAAUAUCCGGCCAUGUCCAUUGCCUGGUAGAUUGAGCACAACCAAUCUCCCUCAAUAUCAUGGAAAUCCCAACGAAAGCAUACUUGAAGAAAGUGAAGAAAGUGAAGAAACAGCGGGAGAAGGAGGAGGAGAAGGGGAUAGUAGCAUCCUUACCGACGACUCCAUCAUUGCCCACAACAUUUCUGAAUUGUAUUCUCAGCACAGUGCAUCAGUUUCCAAACUCAUGAAAAUGACCCGGGAACAAAACCUCAUGUAUAAACUACCAUCAUACAUCAAAUCACAAUCGUCAUUGGAUGACUUGCAUUUAAUCUCACCUGAAAAACUCACAUAUUUAGACCAAACAAGGCCCAUUAAUUUACCACCGAAAUCACCAGCCGACAAGACUAGACACAAUAAGCAAUUUAGCUGCGCUUUGGAUCUGUUUCAAAUAACAAUCCAAAGUGAAGUCGAUUCGCGAUUCAAGAAUGCUCAAUCUAAGCAAGUCAAAUCGCAACAGUGGAUCUCGAUAAUCAACUCCCUACUCAAUCUCGACCCUAAACAGUUUACCAAGAAGUUCACCACCGACAAGAAUCAGCUUCGGAAAUUGACUUGGGACUGCAAUGUCCCAAUGACUCACACGUUUCAAUUCUUUAUUAAAAUACUUUCAAACAAUCACUCAUCUCAAGAUUCCAUAAAUACCAUACGCCAUCUGUUUGAAUUGUUUGAUUGUAAAUUGCAAAACAACAUCACCGAGACAAUGAAACAAAACAAGGAUGCCGAGUUUAGCAAAAUUGUCAGCUUGAUGAGCACCCAACCGUUGGUUUCCAACUCCGGGAUCAACAUGGUGGAAUUCAGGCAGAAAAUGAUGCAUCUUUUGUACAUCAAAAGCAUCAGUGAGUCUGGUCUUUGCGAGAAGGAUACUUUGCUUAUCAGCAUCUUGUUGACUCUUUUUCCCCUGGUUGCAACUAUCGACCUUUACUGCUUACUAGAGUUGAUUCAGCAUGAAAUCUUGAAUUCAUCCUUUUUGCAAACCCGCUUGGGACUGAACAAUAGUGGUGAUUGUGGUGAUGACAAUGAAAUGGCCAACUUUACAACAAACCAUUUGCUCAUGUUGAUGUUGAGGUUCAAUGAUCACCAAAAAUUGACAUCUUUGGCAUUGCGACAGCAACCACAGCAGCAGCCUAGAUCGCCGCAUCCAUUACAACGGGAGUCGACACCAAAUGAAGAGGAGACUUUUCGCGAAAUUAAAUCUUCAAGUGUAGAGAUUGUGAUGAAAUUGUUUACAUUGUUAAUCAUCAAUUCUCAAUCGACAAAGUCUAGAGUCAAGAACAACAUCAAACUAGUCAAGGCAUUCACCAGAACUGUUUUUGUCAACUAUCAUUUGGGAUGGAACACAUUUGACGAUUUGCUUGAAAGCGAAGAUGGCGACGCUCAUGGUUCCAUUUGCGGUAGCAGCAGCAGUAUCAGAAUCAACCACAGCCACGAUCAACUUUUAAAUAUGGAUAAGUUUGUUGGUAGAUGGGCCAAGCACCAUUUCGGAUGA